ACCACAGAAAGCAUAACUGCAGUUUAUCUUUUUUUGGGUGGAAAGCUCCUACACAUUAUUGCCAUCAGAGACAUGGAUUGUAUAAUAUGUUUGGGACAUAUUCUGAGUUGCAAUUUCUGUUGAGAGAACACGAAGAAGAGGUCAGGUCAGAGGUUGACCUUUUUUCCUAUAGUGGAAUUCCACGUAGAUUAUGUUCUCUUCUUCUCCUUCCUGGUUAUUUUCCUACUUGCCAUGUAUUUCCUUCCUUCAACCUAUUGUCAUUGCUUAUGCAAGUGUGUUUGCAUUUUAAGAGUCAUACCCAGUAGAUCACCACAUUUAGCCGAGGCUAUCAGGAUAGAGUUAUCAGUUGGUUCAUCUUCGUUCUGAGUAUUGAGAAUAUGCUUCUCUCUA